AUGACUUCUGCUCCUGUUGCUCUACUUUCAGUCUAUGACAAAACUGGCUUGAUCGAACUUGCUAAAGAUUUACAUUCACGCAAUGUUCGUCUACUCGGAAGCGGUGGAACGGCCAAAGCAAUCCGUCAAGCAAACAUCCCAAUCGAAGACGUUUCAGAUGUCACAAAAGCACCUGAAAUGCUAGGAGGACGUGUGAAAACUCUGCAUCCCGCUGUUCAUGGCGGUAUUCUUGCUCAAACAGACAAAGAAUCUGACGUGAAAGAUCUACAAGAUCAACAAAUUGCCGCUAUCGAUAUCGUAGUUUGCAACCUAUACCCUUUCGAAGACACCAUUGCCAAGGAACCAUCACCUACCAUUGCUCAAGCAGUCGAAGAGGUUGAUAUUGGUGGAGUGACACUCUUGCGUGCUGCAGCAAAGAACCACAAGCGGGUUUGGGUCUUGACUGAUCCAAAGGAUUAUGCUAAGUUCGGCCAAACAUACGGAAAAGGUGGAGAACAAGAAGAAGCAUCAAAGAAGCUGUUCGCCUUGAAAGCCUUCGAACAUACAGCCCAUUACGAUGACGCAAUCAGCGACUAUUUCCGUAAGCAAUACGCUUCCGUUAACGCAAACACCGGUCUCACUCAACAAAUGACCUUGCGUUACGGUGCAAACCCUCACCAGAAACCCGCCCAAGCCUUUGUUACCGAAGGUGAACUACCCGUCAAGGUUUUGGGCGGCUCACCCGGUUAUAUCAACUUCUUGGACGGUUUGAACGCCUAUGCUCUCGUCAAAGAGUUGGCCGAAGCUACCGGAUUGCCUGCAGCUGCUUCAUUCAAACACGUUUCUCCUGCAGGAGCUGCAAUUGGUGUCCCACUCACAGACGUUGAAGCCCGUGCCUUCUUUGUCGAUGAUCUCGACCCGGCUCAAAUGACACCUUUGGCAACCGCAUAUGCUCGUGCUCGCGGUGCUGACCGUAUGUGCAGCUUCGGUGACUUUAUUGCAUUGAGUCACAAGUGUGAUUACCAAACCGCACGAAUCAUCGGUCGGGAAGUCAGUGAUGGUGUCAUUGCUCCCGAUUACGAACCCGAAGCAUUGGAAGUGUUGAAGAAGAAAAAGAAUGGCGGAUACUGCGUCUUGAAGAUGGACUCCGAUUACGUUCCUCCUUUGGUAGAAACACGUCAAGUGUACGGUAUCUCUUUACAACAAAGAAGAAACGAUUUAAAGAUCGAGCCAUCUUUGUUCCAAAACAUCAUUACCGAAAACAAGGAAGUGACCAAACAAGCAUCUUUGGAUAUGUUGGUUGCCACUUUGGCAUUGAAAUACACGCAAUCCAACAGUGUUUGUUAUGCUUUGAACGGUCAAGUGAUCGGUUUGGGAGCAGGUCAACAAAGUAGAAUCCACUGCACUCGUUUGGCAGGAAGCAAGGCAGACAACUGGUGGUUGAGGCAACACCCUCGCGUUCUUUCAUUGCCAUUCAAGAAGGGAACAAAGAGACCGGAGAAGUCCAAUGCCAUCGAUUUGUUCGUCGAAGGUACAUUGGAAGGUGCAGCUUUGAAGGAUACCCAAGAACGCAAAGAUUGGGAAGCUUCUUUCGAACAGGUUCCCGCACCUCUAUCGGCUGAAGAACGUGCCGAACAUCGUGCCGCUCUCAAGGGUGUUGUCUGCUCUAGUGAUGCUUUCUUCCCAUUCGGUGAUAACGUUGAAGAAGCUAACAGACAUGGUGUCACUUACCUUGUCGCUCCUGGAGGCAGUGUACGUGAUGAAGAUUGCUUGAAAGUUGCAAACAACCACAAAAUGGUCUUUGUUCGUACCACAAUGCGUUUGUUCCACCAUUAAAAAGAUGUAUUCACACAGUAAAUUUGCAUGUCAACGGUAUAUAUUGUUCAACUUAUUGGCAUGCGUGUAUAAUUGCAUAAGAAGAACGUGAAUUUUUUAUUAUUUAAGGGAGGGGGCCAUGAUUGCAGUAAUCGAAAUCGUUUGUGUAUAUGAUGUACAGGUCUCAAGUCGUAGGCAAUCGGGAAAUCUGAUUAAAAAACAAGAACA